GCUUAAAUUUAUAUAGAUACAUAUUUAUGUAAGUAGUUGACAUUUUUCGUCCACGAAAUUCUUUAACAGUGCUCAAAUAGCAGGGUGGAAAAUAAUGACUGACGCAAAUGAUCAAUAUCUACUGCAUAAAUAGUGUGUAAACGGUAAAAAAAACGCCAGUGCUAAGCGCGACUUCGCCUCACAAACAGUAUUCUUUCUCUUCUGAGAAGAACUGGUCCACACCGCUGCCAUAUUGAAAAUUGCCAGAAUGAAGGGACUCAUUGCUACACUGCUACCGCUGUGCAUUUUUUGUACUGUAAUUUCGGGACUCGACGUGAAAUCGCUCGUUGAAACUAAUGAAGUGUCAUUAGAUCCUGAUGCAAAUGACAAUCUUGACACGUUGCAAAUGAUAAGGAAAGAAGGGUAUGAAGCGGAAGCCCAUGUCGUGGAAACAGAAGAUGGUUAUCUGUUAACAGUACAUCGAAUUCCGGGAGCGUCUGGAUCACCUGCGGUCUAUUUGCAGCAUGGUGUACUUGGUAGUUCAGCAGAUUGGGUCAUUCUUGGAAAAGGAAAAGCUCUCGCUUAUCUGCUAGCUGACCAGGGUUAUGAUGUUUGGCUGGGAAAUUUCCGUGGGAAUACUUAUUCCAGGGCGCACAUUAUCUUGACCCCUUCGGAAUCCAAAUUUUGGGACUUUAGCUGGCACGAAUCGGGCAUCUAUGACCUACCAGCAAUGAUCACCUACAUUGUUGACCUCAAAAAGAGUCCAGUAAAUGCGUACAUAGGAUUCUCGAUGGGAACAACGUGUUUCUAUGUGAUGGCUAGCGAACGGCCAGAAGAAACAAAGCUUCUGCAAUCGGUGUACAAUUUCGCACCGGUGGUCUACAUGAAACACGUGGAAAGUCCUUUGCGUUAUUUCGCUCCAGUAGCGACGGACUAUAAGGUGCAAUAUCCGAAAAUCUUCACGCUGUUCGGAGAAGGGGAAUUCUUGCCGCAGAAUUUCGUGAUUAAAUUUCUCGCGAAAUCUCUGUGUAACAUCUUUUCCUGGCAAGGGAAGAUUUGCGCGAACGCGAUGUUCGUGUUUACUGGAUUCGACGCGGCCCAAUUUAAUUACACGUUGCUGCCUACGAUUCUGAACCAUACCCCGGCCGGAACCUCCGCCAAGACUAUGGUCCAUUACGCUCAAGAAAUUAGAUCAGGCUACUUUAGACAGUAUGACUAUGGGAAGAUAGGAAAUCUCUUCUAUUACAAUAGCUUCUUUCCUCCGGCGUAUAAUUUGUCGAGGAUUAACAUUCCGAUCGUAAUGUUUUCCGGCGAGAACGAUUGGCUGUCUAACUCCGCGGAUGUUAACCACUUAAAGAUGGAGUUACCAUAUAAGCCUGUGAUAUACAAGGUGCCAUUUGAGCAGUUCAACCACGUAGACUUUCUGUGGGCUGUAGAUGCUCCAAAAUUGGUGUACACUCCACUGCUUGCUAUGAUGAAGAGUGACCUGUUUUAAUGUAAGAAUCAUUUGUCUCGAAUUUAGUGUUACUACUGUAGCGAAAAAGAAUGUUUGAAUGCGGAAGGAAUGCGCGCCGAAUAAAUAAGAACGAAUGAGAUCGAGUAAUAGGUAAGUGGUGUAAAAGGUGUGAGUGAUUGGACGAAUGAUGUAUGAAAGGGAAGUGGAAGGAGUGCGAACGGAACACAAAUACGGGUCAAAGAGACAAAGCAG